AUGGGAAUGGCUUUUGUUAACUCUUUUUCUCCAGUAUCACAACUUAAUACCCAAAAAGUCGAUUUAAUGAAGGAAAUGGAAAAAAUCAAAAAGAAGAAACCCUUGUUGGCCAACAUGACUCAGCUACAAUCACUAUUAAACAAAUCAGUAACUCAUGAAAAACCUGAUUCACCACCCUCAAAAUCUUUGACCAAAAGACAAAAAAAAUUUCAAGAAGAAUAUAUAAUACCUGAACCUGCAAGACAUGAACAUUUUGAUAGUUCAAUAAGUAAAUAUUUCACACAACAACAAACAAAUCAAAAGAAUACAAACCAUGCCGUUACAUCUCAGGUAUCUCAUGCUCAACAAAAACAAGCAAAAUUGGAUCAAAUUCUUUUGGAAAAUAUCUAUAGAAUGUUUGGUAUAACUGCCUUCCCUGUAUCAGAUCCUUCUAAGGGUAUCAAAAGAGAAUUACUUGGUAUAAGGAUUGAAAUUUUUAAUGAAACAGAAUCUAAAUUUGAAACACCACAUUAUUUAAUACUUGAAAAAAAUGUUAAAACUUUAAAAUGGAAAAUUUUUAAACAUACUAUACCUAUUUAUUUAAAAUUAGAACAACUGGUUGAAGAUUAUGAUGAUCUUAGUGAUUAUAAAUUAUAUGAAUUUUGUUGUAAAUUAAGAGAUGAUUUAAGUAAGAUUAGUUAUAAACAUCAAAUUGUGGAAAGAAUACGAAAUGAUUGGGGUAAUAAUAUUAAAAAUAUGGAAAAAGAUUUAGCAUUAGAUGUAUUAAAAUUUAGAUUAAAAAUUCAUGAUAUUGAAACUUUGGUUAUUUUAAAUUUAUCAUUUGAUCAAAUUGAAUCAUGUUUUAUUGAAUCUGGAUUCACAGAAAGUGAAAAAUUAAGAAUUUCAAAUGUUUUAAAAGGUGAUAUAAAGACAUUUGAGAAAAGAAUACGUGAUGUUAUUACAAGUUUAGAAUCUUCAUGA